UGUCUCUGUUCCUCAGGUGUGCACACAUUUCAGCUGACGUAUGGCUGUGAGUGGGAUAAUCAGACUGGAGCAACAGAUGGCUUUCGUCAGGAAGGUUAUGAUGGAGAGGACUUUAUGUCUCUGGAUUUGAAGGAGAUGAGAUGGAUUUCACCAGUGCAGCAAGGAUUCAGCACCCAGAACAAGUGGAACAAUAACAGAGCUUAUCUUGAGGGUAGAAAACAUUACUUCAGCACUGAGUGCAUUGAGUGGCUGCAGAAAUAUGUGGAGUACAGAAAGAGCAGCCUGGAGAAAACAGUUUCUCCUCAGGUGUCUCUGCUGCAGAAGUCUUCCUCGUCUUCAGUCUCGUGUCAUGCUACAGGUUUUUACCCCAGUGGAGUAACAGUCACCUGGAUGAGAAAUGGACAAGAACAUCAUACGGAUGUAGAUCUUAGUGAAACUCUUCCCAAUGAGGACAGGACCUUUCAGAAGACGAGCACCAUCAGAGUUACACCUGAUGAGCUGAAGAAGAACCAGUACAGCUGUGUGGUGAAACAUCAGGGCAAAACCAUCAGAAAGAUCCUGACAGAGAAAGAGAUCAGGACAAACAGGGGAGACUCUGUUCUCUCUGGCAUCAUAGUUUUUGCUGUCGUCCUGUUGGUUGUCAUUGGUGUCGCUGGAUAUAUUGUGUAUCAGAAGAAGAGAGGUGAGGACGGACAACUAUGACAGCUUCUUCUGCUG